GUGGCAUUUCAUUGUUCUUUGUUGAAAAUCAAAAUCAAAUGAGACAGAGAAAUUGAAAAUUCGUGAGAGAUUGAUAAGCAGAAAGGCUGCAACAAUGGCGGCAUCGAAGUUGUCACCAACCGAUGCCUGGGGUUCGACUCUCCCUGGUCCUCCCAGCCGUAACAACUUCGGAUCCGCCGAUCUCAGUCCAUCCGGUCUCUUUGCCUUCUCAUCUGGCUCCUCCGUCUCUGUUGUCGACUCUCGUUCUCUCCAGCUCGUUUCCACUAUCCCUCUCCCUCCUCCUCCCGGUGCUCUCUCUCCAUUCGUCACUUCCGUCCGUUGGAUCCCUCUCCCUCUCCCCCGUGAUCUACUCUCCACCGAGCCCUCCGCCUCUCACCUUCUCCUCGCCGUUGCCGAUCGUCACGGCCGUGUCGCGCUCGUUGACUUCCAUCUUCGCUCCGUCGUCGUCUGGCUUAAUCCUUCCUCCGAUCCCAAGCUUGGGGUUCAGGACCUCUGCUGGGUUCAAGCUCGACAGGAUUCUCAUGUCCUCGCCGCGAUUUCUGGAUCUUCUUUUCUGUCACUCUACACAGCCUCCGGUGGAAUUUUCUGGAAGUACGAUGCCGGUACGGAGAUUCUCUCAUGUCUCCGCCGCGAUCCCUAUGAUUCUCGUCAUUUCUGUGUGCUUGGCCUCAAAGGGCUCCUAUUGUCGGUUAAGGUACUCGGAGACACUGAGAACGACGUUGUGAUUCAUGAGAUGCAGAUAAAAACGGAUUUCAGUGAGCUAUUGAGGUUGGAAAGAGAUGGCAAUUCAUCAUCUUCCUCGCCUGCUUCAGCCGCAUUUCCGUUAUACUUUGCUAGAUUUGCAUUCUCGCCACACUGGAAGAAUAUACUCUUUGUGACGUUUCCUAGGGAGCUAUUGGUCUUUGAUCUACAAUAUGAGACACCCCUCUCGACCACGCCAUUACCUCGUGGUUGCGCCAAGUUUCUGGAUGUUUUGCCGGAUCCAAACAAUGAGUUGCUUUAUUGUGCUCAUGUCGAUGGUAGGCUCAGCAUUUGGCGUCAGAAAGAAGGAGAACAGGUGCAUGUCAUGUGUACCAUGGAAGAGUUUAUGCCAUCUAUUGGACUGUCCAUCCCGUCUCCUUCAGCUCUGGCUGUUCUUCUCAGUCAAUCGGACUCCACAAUGCAAACCAUUACAAAACUUUAUCCAGAUGAAACUUCUUCUGUGGAUUUUGAUAACCCAUUUGACUUUUACGAUGAAAGUAUCGUUGUUUCUAAGACGACCUUUUUCUCCCUAUCUGAUGACGGUAAAAUAUGGAAGUGGGUCUUAAGUGCUGAAGGUGUUGAAGAUGCUCUAAAAAAUGCAUCAGACUUGGACAUUAGUAUCGUAGGCGCUGAUGUAGCACUCCCUGGAGCUAUUCAGAAGAAAGAUUUCUCAAAUCUGGAGGAUGGAUUAGUUGUUACCCCUACAAAUAAAAGCAGAGGUCAGACAUCAAGUUCCUCCUUCGGAAGAUCAGACCUAUCAUUUAAGAUCAGCCUGACUGGACAGCUUCAGCUUCUCUCUUCCACAGUCUCUACACUUGCUGUACCAUCUCCGUCUCUUACGGCAUCCCUUGCAAGAGGGGGUAACAUCCCUGCGGCAGCUGUUCCGGUGGUUGCUUUGGGAACUCAGAGCGGGACAAUCGAUAUUGUUGAUGUGUCAACAAAUACUGUUGCUGCAAGCACUUCUGUUCAUACUGGUGUUGUUAGGGGCCUUCGAUGGCUUGGAAAUUCAAGAUUAGUUUCAUUUUCUUACAGUCAGGUGAAUGACAAAAGCAGAGGCUACAUAAAUAAGCUAGUUGUGACUUGCCUUAGGAGUGGGUUGAAUAAACCAUUUCGUGAUUUACAAAAGCCAGAACGUACUCCCAUAAGAGCUCUUAGAACUUCUUCUUCCGGAAGGUAUCUUCUAAUUCUUUUCCGUGAUGCUCCUGUAGAAGUUUGGGCGAUGACCAAGCAUCCUGUCAUGCUUAGAUCAUUAGCUCUUCCUUUCACGGUAGUGGAAUGGACGCUUCCGGCAGUUCCACGCCCAGGUCAAGGCGGUCCUUCUAAACAAUCUCUCUCAGCAUCCGAAGGAGUAGCUGCUCCAGCAGACUCUACGUCUGUGGGCUCGGAUGGAUCGACUGAAGAAACUGUAGAGAGUUUUGCAUUUGCACUAGUAAAUGGUGCCCUUGGAGUAUUUGAAGUCCAAGGACGUAGAAUACGAGAUUACAGACCCAAAUGGCCAUCUACCUCAUUCGUUCCCUCAGAUGGAUUGGUUACAGCCAUGGCAUAUCGCUUGCCUCAUGUGGUUAUGGGAGAUAGAUCAGGAAACAUAAGAUGGUGGGAUGUAACAACUGGACAGUCAUCUGCAUUUAAUAGUCACAGAGAUGGAAUACGGAGGAUCAAAUUUUCACCUGUUGUUGCUGGAGAUCGCAGCCGAGGGCGCGUAGCUGUGCUAUUUAAUGACAAUACAUUUUCUGUAUUUGAUCUUGAUUCACCAGAUCCUCUAGCCCAGUCACUUCUACAGCCUCAAAUUCCUGGCACCCUGGUACUGGAACUUGAUUGGUUGCCUCUUAGAACCGAUAAGAAUGAUCCACUUGUUCUAUGCAUCGCUGGGGCUGAUAGCACCUUCCGGCUCGUUGAGGUUACUGUAAAUGAAAAAAAAGCUGGCUUUGUGCCCCAGUCUAAAUCUGUAAAGGAGAGGUUUCGUCCUAUGCCUAUGUACUCCCCUAUCCUACUUCCUGUACCACAUGCACUGGCACUGCGGAUGAUUCUACAGUUAGGAGUGAAACCAUCUUGGUUUAAUACGUCUAGUACCACUUUGGAGAAGAGACCUCAUUUGAUCCAUGGAAUGGCUUCAUCCUCUAAGGAUCUUCGGAGUUACAUGAUUCAGUUACCACCUUUAGGAGACCCUGUCGUGCCAGAAAUGCUGCUGAAGAUACUAGAACCGUAUCGGAAAGAAGGUUGUUUCAUUUGUUUACUUUACAAGCUGACGAAAAGGUCUCCGCAAAAACUCCCUUCCCCUGCUUCAGGAGUUGAUGAAGCAACUAUGCUGAGUAAGAUAUCAUCUACUGGUGUAUGGGCACCUGAAGCCAGGAAGUGUGAUGGUUCACUUAGAUUGAUGGCUUUUGAGCGAGAAGAAUUACGGAAACGUGCUAAUGAACGUCUUCCUUGGCAUGAAAAUUUGGAGGGGGAAGAUUGCAUUCAAAAACAAGUACACGAGCUGAUUUCAGUUGGAAAUUUGGAAGCUGCUGUGAGUUUGCUGCUUUCUUCCGCCCCAGAUUCUCCCUACUUCUAUCCAAAUGCUCUCCGAGCUAUUGCACUCGCUUCAGCUGUGUCUAAAUCUCUUCUCGACCUCGCACUUAAGGUUGUUGCAGCCAACAUGGUAAGGACCGACAAUUCGCUCACUGGUACUCAUCUUCUAUGUGCGGUCGGAAGACACCAAGAAGCUUGUUCACAGCUACAAGAUUCUGGACGGUGGACUGAUGCUGCUACCUUGGCUGCCACACAUUUAGAAGGAUCGGAUUAUGCUAGGGUAUUGCAGAGGUGGGCUGAUCAUGUUCUCCAUGCGGAACACAAUGUCUGGCGGGCGCUUAUUUUAUAUGUGGCUGCUGGUUCCCUGCAAGAGGCGCUAGCAGCUCUCAGAGAGGUGCAACAGCCUGACACAGUAGCCAUGUUUGUGCUCGCCUGUCAGGAGAUCCAUUCAGAAAUUGUAACCGAGCUGUCAAGCCUAGAAGAUGAAUCUGAAUCUGAAUAUGCUUCUGGCGAAGACACGGUACCUCCCGAUCUGCCUGGUCUUGAACCUGGGAAGGAAGAAGUGACGGCGGUUUGCGAAUAUUUUCAACAAUACCAGAGAAAGCUAGUGCAUUUGUGCAUGGACUAUGAACCCUACACGGACUGAUGAGAACUUAUACAGCCAAACUCUUUCUCUGGCUUGGCAAUUAUUUAUUACUUUAUCUCAGAUAAACACACAUGGGACUCUCAACCCUACACCGAUGUUUCUGUAUGUUGUACCUUAAACCCUUGUUCUGUGUACAAUUGAUUUUUAAGACCAUAUCAAUUUCUCUGGUUGUUUGUUUGUU